AUGUCAAGUGAGGAAGAGAGUGUUCUUGUCUUAGUGCAUUGCUCUGGAAAAAUCAAAAGAAGCAAAAAAUAUGGUGCGAAGUUCAUUGACAGAGAACCAUUGAGUGUAUUCAUUAGUUCAUCAAGAACUUUGUCGGAUGUCAAGAACAGCAUCUUGGAGAAGUUUGGGGUAUUUGGGAGCAAGUUGGUGAAGAAGAUAUUCUACAAGAUUCCCAUCAUAGUAGUCUCGAGCGGUGUUCAGUAUGAUACGUUUGUGUUAGUGGCUGAUGAAGAUAUUAGGGUUCUGUUUCAUUGCGUUAGGAGUUUUCCGAAGGUCAGAAUACACGAGCUGUAUGCGAAGUUGGAGGUUGCCGUCAAUAGUUCUGGGGCAUUGGCUCCAGUUCAUAGCUCGACUGCCACAGGCGGUGCGUCUUAUUCGAUGCCUGCGGCCCUGCCAUCUGUUCCGCAGCAGGCAUUUGAGGGGGAUACAGGUCGUGCCAUAGUUCAUGAAGUUCAAGGCUUCGGGGAACCUGAUCGAGUAGAGAAUGCAAUACAGGACGAUGACUCUGACCAGGAGCCUGUAGAUAUCUUUGGGGACAGUGAUGAUGACACAGGUGCUAAUCCACAUGCACAACAAGCGCCUUCAAGUUCUGGCACACAGCAGUACCCUCCAUACUUCUCCAUUCUAAACUUGGAGGCUCUGGGUCAACAGACGGAUGGAGGUGCUACAGUUGGGGGUUCAUCUACAGAAUUUCAGAUUGGACAAUCGUUCCAGAAUAAAGAUGAAGCUGUUCUGAGUGUGAAAGACUAUAGCAUCCGUCGAGGUGUUGAGUACCAAGUGUUGGAAUCGGACCAUCUGAAGUAUCAUGGAAAAUGCAAGGAGUUCGACAAGGGUUGUAGUUGGUUGAUUCGAAUAUUGCUCCGUGCACGAAAGGGCACUUGGGAGGUUAGGAGGUACAACGGUCCCACACUUGCUUAG